GAAAAGGUGUGCUUUACACAUAUGUGUGUGUGUGUGUGUGUAUAUAUAUUGUUCCAUUCAGAUCCUUAAAUAUACAGACCUUAGAUCUUCCUAACGAUAGAACAGGUGCUUCAUCUUGCUCUAAAAAUCACUGCAAUGAUUUUACUACCUGUGCUACUCUUCUUAACUGCCAUACUGCUCCCAUCUUGUGGUGAUGCACAGAGUAUAUCCUUUGAAUCUCUAUCAACUGAACGUGAAGAAACUCAACAUGAAAUAGUGAACAAGCACAAUGCCCUGCGAGCACAAGCCUCACCCCCUGCCGCAAACAUGCUGCAGAUGAAAUGGAGUGAAGAAGCACAAAAAUCAGCCCAGGACUGGGCAAAUAAAUGUACAUUAAGACACAGUGAUGUACAUAGCAGAACAAUUGGGAGCAUAUGUGGUGAAAAUCUCUUCAUGUCAACUGCCCUUGUCCCAUGGUCAAAAGCUAUCCAAGCUUGGUAUGAUGAGGUUGAAUAUUUUGUUUUUGGAAAAGGAUCAACUUCUACGAAACCGGUUGGCCAUUAUACUCAGGUGAUGUGGUAUUCAUCUCAUAAAAUUGGAUGUGGACUUGCUGAAUGUCCUAACGCUUCUUACAAGUACUUUUUUGUUUGCCAUUACUGCCCUGCUGGAAAUGUUAUGCCUGGAGAAAAUUCCCCUUAUGAAAUAGGAACACCAUGUGCCAAGUGCCCAGAGUCCUGUAGCAACAACUUGUGCACUAAUCCUUGUGAGUACACUGAUGGUGCUUCAAACUGUCCUCAACUGAAAAAGCAAUUUUCCUGCAAUAAUCCAACUGUCAAGAAAUAUUGUAAGGCUUCCUGUCAAUGCAUCAAUAAAAUCUAUUAAACUUCUCAUUGGAAAUUUGCUUCCAUCAACAAGGAUAAUUGGAACACAGUAAUACCCCCAAUGAUUAUUUUAAAAUUAUAACAUGCUUGUAGUGAAGCCAUAAGAUACUAUUCCUGAUUAGUUUCAGAAAUUAAUGUCAUUCGAUUCUGGGCAUCAGUUUCUUUUUACCAAAUCAUUUAGGGGUUUGCAUAUGUCCUAUAAAUGAUGUCUUAAACUGACUGACUGAAAUUUAAAAAAAAAAUAAAACAGUUGUAAAACCAC